AUAAAGAGAGCCCGGCAGAUUGUUUUUUUCCUGGCCCUUUGCACACUUUCAUUACCGCGUGGACUGUGAUACUCUGUACCGUUUCGCUAAGAACAGGCCAUCACGCUACUACUACUGCUACUGCCACUGCCACUGCUACCACGACACGCGACACUUGUGCUCGUACUUCGCUGGUGGCUCAUACUUUUCUUGAAGCUUCAGCUUUCACCAGCCGCGUCAACAUGACAACCGCAAAUGGAUAUGGCACGCUGGGCGGAGAUUCUCCUCAUCAUGUCUCGGCUUCAGACAACGAACACCAACCACUGCUGGGCAAUAACAACAACAAUGCCAAAAAGCCCUCGACUGCCUCGUUCAAACAGCAUAUGACCGAGGACAUUGAUAAGCGAUGGGCCGACCUCCUGCUGCUGCUGUCCUAUGUCAUCACGGGCCUGCUCGACAGCUCUGCGGUCUUCAUCUGGGGAUCGUUCGUGAGCAUGCAGACGGGCAACACAGUCUACACGGGUCUGGGACUGGUUGAGCCGACCAAGGGGACACGCUGGAUCCGGUCACUCACCUCGAUCGCGUUCUUUUGCAUGGGGUCGUUCUUCUUCGCCCGCUUCCACCGGUUUUUUUCACCCAAGAAACGAUGGGUCCUGAUGACCUCGUUCGCCAUGCAGCUCGUCCUGGUCGUCAUCGCCGGCGCCGUCGUCACCGUCGACUCGCAGUCGCACUCCGAGAACCAACUGCGCUGGCAGGUGCUCGUCCCCUUGGCCCUGGUGGCGUUCCAGAGCAGCGGACAGGCCGUCGUCAGUCGCGCCCUGCAGUACAACAGCCUGACCAGUGUGGUCCUGACGAGCAUCUACUGCGACUUGUUCUCGGACCCUUUGCUCAUGGCCGGGCUGACCAAGAAUGCCGAGAGGAAUCGACGAGCCGCGGCGCCGUUGUUGCUCUUGGCCGGCGCCAUCUUCGGAGGGCUUUGGUCUCAUAGUCCGAUCGGCUUGGCUGGAGCCUUGUGGACGGCCGCGAUAUUGAAAGUCGUCAUCAUUGGCGCGUUCUUCUUCUGGAGAGCCGAAAAGUCUGCCCCUCAAAAUUGAAUGAACAGGGACAUCUAGUUAGGAAUGUCGUCUCGAGAGGCACUUGCUCACCAUGCGGGCAACACGCGGUAUAGACUCCGAUGCUCACAAGGGCAAGUCAAAGCUCGUAUUGAGUCGGGAAGCAUCACUUGAACAUGAGGUCUUGGUGGUGUCAGACGCAGCUCUUUCAAGUCAUGGAAUUGUCGGCGGUACUGCUACUGCAUGGGGUUGCUAGUCCUUGCACCAGCGUCGAGGAAGCAAGUGUUGGACGUGGGUUGAGAGUCGAGGAACCUACGAGUGUGGCAUGUACAAUCCUGCUUAUAAAGCUUGCAUGGAAGUCGGAAUGGGAUAGACAAAGCCAAUCAAAAAU